CAGCAAGCGGUGUGCGAUCCUCGCCUUUUCAUUUCUUGCCCCAAAAAUCAACAAUCUCCUCUUCCCGACCGACUUCCCCACAACCACGACUGCUUUUCCACCAGCUCACGUCCUCGACUUCAGUUUUCCUCUUGCAGAUUCCCAUACCAACUUUCAACACAAACCGCCAAAAUGCGUGAGAUUGUCCACCUCCAGACCGGCCAGUGCGGUAACCAAAUCGGUGCCGCCUUCUGGCAGACCAUCUCUGGCGAGCACGGCCUCGACAGCAAUGGCAUUUACAACGGCACCUCCGAGCUCCAGCUCGAGCGCAUGAACGUCUACUUCAACGAGGCUUCUGGUAACAAGUAUGUUCCCCGUGCCGUCCUCGUCGACUUGGAGCCCGGCACCAUGGAUGCCGUCCGUGCCGGCCCCUUCGGCCAGCUCUUCCGCCCGGACAACUUCGUCUUCGGCCAGUCAGGUGCCGGCAACAACUGGGCCAAGGGUCAUUACACCGAGGGUGCCGAGCUCGUUGACCAGGUCCUCGACGUCGUCCGUCGCGAGGCCGAGGGCUGCGACUGCCUCCAGGGCUUCCAGAUCACCCACUCCCUCGGUGGUGGUACCGGUGCCGGUAUGGGUACCCUCCUGAUCUCCAAGAUCCGCGAGGAGUUCCCCGACCGCAUGAUGGCCACCUUCUCCGUCGUGCCCUCCCCCAAGGUCUCGGAUACCGUUGUCGAGCCCUACAACGCCACCCUCUCGGUCCACCAGCUGGUCGAGAACUCGGACGAGACCUUCUGCAUUGACAACGAGGCUCUCUACGACAUCUGCCUGCGCACCCUGAAGCUGUCCAACCCCUCGUACGGCGACCUCAACUACCUGGUCUCCGCCGUCAUGUCGGGCGUCACCGUCUCGCUGCGUUUCCCCGGCCAGCUCAACUCGGAUCUCCGCAAGCUGGCUGUCAACAUGGUCCCCUUCCCGCGUCUCCACUUCUUCAUGGUCGGCUUCGCUCCCCUGACCAGCCGUGGCGCCCACUCCUUCCGCGCCGUCUCCGUUCCGGAGUUGACCCAGCAGAUGUUCGACCCCAAGAACAUGAUGGCCGCUUCCGACUUCCGCAACGGUCGCUACCUGACCUGCUCUGCCAUCUUCCGUGGCAAGGUCUCCAUGAAGGAGGUUGAGGACCAGAUGCGCAACGUCCAGAACAAGAACUCGUCCUACUUCGUCGAGUGGAUCCCCAACAACGUCCAGACCGCUCUGUGCUCGAUCCCGCCGCGCGGCCUCAAGAUGUCGUCCACCUUCGUUGGUAACUCGACGGCCAUUCAGGAGCUGUUCAAGCGUAUUGGCGAGCAGUUCACUGCUAUGUUCCGUCGCAAGGCUUUCUUGCAUUGGUACACUGGCGAGGGUAUGGACGAGAUGGAGUUCACUGAGGCUGAGUCCAACAUGAACGAUCUCGUCUCGGAGUACCAGCAGUACCAGGAUGCUGGUGUCGACGAGGAGGAGGAGGAGUACGAGGAGGAGAUUCCCGUCGAGGAGGAGUAAGUUCGCUCGCUUGCUUCGAGCCCUCUGUAUCCGCCACGGUCGGACGGCACUUGUUGGACAUGCUAGUCCGCUGUGAGCUAGUCUCUUCGAUGGGUGGAUAAUGAUCAGAGCAGGCGGGUUGCCGCUAUUUCUUCGCCUUACCUGCAGUCUGCGUCUGUGGAUCGAGACCGUUUGAGUUUUAGCGGGGGGGAUUGUGUGUUGGUGAUAUCCGUAAUUGAUAGGAAAGCGGUCACAUCUGACGUUAGUUCAGUUGGGCCCUACAUCCAUCAGGCAGAAAAUACAUACACCUUGUAUAUGGUGUCUAAUACUUGCCA